AAACUACAACUACCGUCUGGGACCACUCUUGUCUUGCCUUGUUACUGACAGUUGAUCAAGAACGCCGUGUUGUCUUAUGCUCAGCUGGGGUGCAUGGUCUUGACUCUUCGACAUUUUAUUCUGAAGCAAGAAGUCUUCAACUUGUAUCGCCACGCCAUACGAAGUUCCAGAGGUUCUCUGUCUUUUUUGCUGUUCUUCUACCACAACCUCAAUAUCCUUAAAGCGAUCCCUGACCCCGCAACUAGGAAAGAAACAAUCCAAUGGAUCAGGGCAGAUUUUGAACGGAACCGCCACCUCACCGACGUUGCUCUCAUCCAAGACAAGAUCAAGAUGGGACGCAGAGAACUCAAGCAAAUGCUUCCUGCGUUCUCGAUUCUAGGAGCUGACGUCCUACAAACACACGUGUUCUCAGUCGAAUGGCAGGCCGAUCUGGCCGCGAGCGGUGUCUUGUCCGUAAACCAGGAGCGCAGAGAGUUCAGACUGACGUUCACCGUGACGCAUCCCUAUGAACUGACCUACCACGUGGCCAUCCCAUUCUCCAGGAUCAACUCGAUUCUGGCACAUUCGCAGCAAGGGUCCAUCUUGUUCUUUGAUCUGGCUGAUCCACCCAACUUUGAAUCUUCGAGCAACAUUUCAUCCAAGCGAACACGGCUGUCCUUGCUUCCCAUUGGGGACCACGAGAGAUUGGCGCCGUACAUAUCGCUUGCCCUUCGAAUCGCCUGCAGAAAUGCAAAAGCCUCAGGCCUAUUCCGGCAACUGGCUAGAACCGCAGCCUCAAAAAGGCAGGAUGUUCUCCAGUUGGUCCAUACCAAGAUCCAGAACCUUCCAGACCGAAGCUCUGAAUUUGUCGGAUGCGCGGGAGCUGUUAUCCUGCCUCAUAUCGUGGCUCUGGUCAGGGCGAGCUCAUGCUUCGGACUUUCUCCGUCACUUCUCAGAUACGUGACUGUCUCCGAUAACGUUCGAAUCGAAUCAUCCGUUCGUUCUCUCCUCGGUUUCACGAAUCGUUCCUUCGACUUCUUGGAUGAAGGCGGGAUGCAGUAUCGAUUUGACCGUGAGGUUGACUGCGUAGCAUUCACAAGACUUCGAGUUGGCGCGUUUCUCAUUGACCGAGAGUUGACCAUCGCAGGGAGAGAUUUCGAUUUUCUGGCAUAUUCACAAUCCGGCUCAAGGAGCAUGCUGUUUGGUCAGUUUAUUCUUGUUUGUGCGCCCAUUCAGGACACAAAUCAAAAGCUCAUCAAUGCUGCACACAUCAUCAACACCAUCGGGACGUUCGACCCCGAGCUCACGCACUGCCCUGCUCGCUACGCUGCCCGCAUUUCGCAGGCCUUCACGGCCACUGAUUCAACAUCACUAAAGGUGGACGAAGUCAUUUAUCUGUACGACAUGUCGGUCCCAUCCGGAAAGUACCAUUUCACAGACGGUGUUGGGACUAUGAGCUUGGGAUUGGCCCAGUCGAUCUGGGCUGAGCUCAGACCAACACGGCGCAGAAACCGGCGCUUGGUCAACAAUGCGCUCCGUGCUGUCCAGAUACGAUUCCAAGGCUCUAAAGGCAUGUUCUCCGUGGAUUACAAGCUCAAAGGCCAUGUCUUUUGCCUGCGACCGUCUAUGAUCAAAUUCAGUGCUCCACACUCGACCACCAUCGAAAUUGCCAUGACAUUCGAUAAGCCUGGUCCCAACUAUCUGAAUAGGCCUCUCAUCAUGAUCCUCGGUGGAUCCUGGUAUCUAGAUCGAUCGGUCGUAACCUAUUUUUUGUCGUCAGAGGGCCUCGGAGUCGAUUGCGAGAUAUUCAAGGCAUGCAUUUCAACUGAUUUUUGCAACACAAUGUCACGAAUUCUUUGGCAGACAUUUCAAGACCAAAGCUCGCAUCCCGAUACCAGCUCAGGUCACAUUAUGGCUCGCCCGAGCACCUCUGCAGAUAUUGGGGAAUUCGUUAUCGAAUACAUCAACAGUGAUGCUGUCGGAAUAGUCGCCACAAACUGGCUGCUCAUUGUAGACCAAUCCCCCCAUCAUAUCUUUGAUCGGGAUUGUCUCAAACUUGCGAAAUUGCACUCGGACGCCGACGAGUAUCCCAAAAGCGGACAACGGGUGGCGGUCGAAACCAUUCCCAAACCAAAGUCACGCUCCAAAACAGACUGGCAUGCACCCGAGCUGCAUGCGAACAUGGGCUACCAGCGAGCCAUUGGGAAACUUUUCCGAGCCAUCGAUUUGGGCGAAAUCCAGGCAGACUCGUUAUCUCCGGCAGACUCGGUAUCUCCGGCGGAACGGCGUCGGCUGCGAGCAGGGGCUCGACCUCGUCGCGACAUACAAGUCUUGACCAGUGCCCUCGAGCAAACCCGGAUAGAAGAUCCUAUCCUGCACGCCCUUAGACCGAUCGUCAAGCGACACACUCGCGUCGGAACAGAUAAAGGCCAUCGGAUUUUUCGUGACAUCGCACAGAUCUUCAGCCGUUACACCUCGGAGCUGCAAUCCAUCUGUGUCCUCGCACACGGUAUCGCACGGGCGAGCUGCCCUCCUCUCCGAGGAGAAGGCGGUUAUCUCACCGGGCCAUCUAUCCAGAACCUGAUCUCCACUCCGCGAGAAAGGACGGACAUGCUUGUCCAGGGCGUCAAGGAAGAGCAGCUGGAGGAUGACGCCGUGGGAUGGGCCGAGGUGUUGCGCCGUGGCUGGCUAUCUCUCGAGCUGGCUGUCACUGAGCGGAAUGCAUUUGGCGCACAAAGUUUCAUAUGGAUUGCACUGGCAGUCAUUUUGAAACAGUGA